AAAAAGCCAUGUUGCGUCUCGGUACGGCUCGCCUGGGUGCCAGGCUUACGCCCGGCAAACACAGCUUCACGGCUCCCCAGAAGCUUUCUCGACGUUGGCUGUCUGAUUCCCAGGCGCCGAGAUCCGCACCAUCACGGCCAGGCCUCUUAGUUGGAGGGGCAUGUGUGGUUGUCGCUGCCGGGGGCGGAUACUUGUGGUUAAAUAGCGGCACUGAGACCAAGACGUCGACUGUCCCUCUUCUUAAACCCGCUUCCUCAGAAGACGACAUUUCCGUCAUCUCGCCCGUGCCCGUCCUAGACUUGAAAGCAGCAAACCAAAAGUUGCGGGAGCAGGCUCAAUCGUUUGUAUUUGAUGGCAGAGACGGACAAAAGGGCCGCGUCGAUAUCGUCCGCGUCGCCAGCAAUGACCCUGUUGAGGAUGAGUGGUCUGUUGCUGUUGGCAAAGGUAUCCAAGGCGGAACGGCGCUGUACGCGGGUGUUUACGAUGGACACUCUGGCUGGGCUACCUCAAAGGUGCUAAAGCAGGCGCUCAUCCCGUAUGUUUCAAUGGCACUCUCCAAGGUCUCGGCACCGGGGUCAGGAGAUGUUGUCGACGCUGCUAUCAAAAGAGCCUUCACCAGCCUUGACGACAGAAUCUUGAAUACUGGGCGCGAAGCCGCCGAAGCAGGCUAUGAGCCCGGAUCCAGCCAAGUGUUGUCGGCUCUCGCACCGGCCCUCGCUGGCUCUUGCGCCCUGCUCUGCAUCUAUGAUCCCAAGUCCUCUGUGCUGCGGACCGCCGUGACGGGCGACUCACGCGCAGUUCUCGGGUCGUGGUCUUCUGAUUCGGGUAGCUUUGUGGCUUCCGCUCUGAGCAAGGACCAGACAGGAUUCAAUGAAGAUGAAGUCAAAAGAUUGAACGCCGAGCACCCUGGAGAAGACGAUAUGCUUAGUCCCAAAACGGGCCGGCUCUUGGGGAUUGCUGUUACUCGGGGCUUCGGUGACCAUAGGUGGAAAUGGCCCAAUGAGUUUCUGAACUUUCUCAAAUCGAAUUAUCACGGCACUGAGCCUCGCCCCAAGUCUAAAACACCACCUUAUAUGGUUGCUACCCCGGAGGUUACCACCCGCUCCGUUCAAUCUUCAGACUUUGUCAUUCUCGCAUCGGAUGGGCUCUGGGACGUCAUGUCUAACGAAGAUGCCGUGACGUGCGUCUCCCGCUGGCUCUCCGCGCGACGUCUGGGGAAACCAGAGGUUGUUGAAGAUGCCAAGACGACGGGCUACACCAUAGAUGAUGAGGGAUGGCCAUCUUACAAGGCGACACCCGAGCAUUUUGCUAUAGAGGAUCUCGACAAUGCGGCGGUGUGUUUAGUAAAGAAUGCGCUUGGGGGGAGGAGAAGGGCUAUGCUUUGUGGCUCGCUGACGGCACCUACACCUACCAGUCGAUACGUGAGAGACGAUAUUACCGUGCAGGUUAUUUUCUUCAAAGAUCCUUGAAUCAAGGAAAAAUCCUAGCGUCACAUAAAUUUAUGAAGAAUGCUAGGAUGGUUUUGUUUUGCAGUUAGUUUUGCAGUUAGUUUUGUAGUUAAUUUUUGUAGAUAGUUUUUGUAGGUAAUUUUUGCAGCCUGUCGAGCUGCUGUGUUUGCUAAGCCUGGUUCUGGCAAAUUACAUAGUUGGGGUGAAGCAAGUUAUUGGGGCCAUAGGAUCCAGUAACCACCUUUGAUACUGUAAGGAACAUCUCGCUACGCAUUCACAUUCCAGUAGUUCUAUUUACUAUGUUUCGUACGCC